AUGAAAAAGUUUUUAAUUGCAAUUCUUUUUAAUUAUUACUAUCCGAAAUUCAGACAUCACUACAAUCAAUACAAAGAAAGUCAGUUAGCUGAAUAUUGUUCAAAGGAUUACAAUAGAUAUUUAAAGAUGUGCUCAAAGGUUCAUACCAACUUUUUGGUGGAGGGAAAGAAUGGCGAUCGUUUGGUGUUGCCAUCAAAGGUGGUGCCAUCGCGUUACCAAUUGCACUUGUCGCCAGACGUCGUCAAGUUUGUAUUCGACGGUCAAGUAGAUAUCGAUUUGCGUGUCGUCGAGGAGACCAACGUCAUCGUCAUCCACUGUUUGGAUAUCGAUAUUAAGCACGCCGAAGUAGCCGGACAAGUCGCUAGCAACAUUGCUUUCGACACUCACGACGAAGUCGCCAUCAUAACAUUCCCAGCUGCGCUUGCCAAGGGAUCGACACCGACAUUGAAAAUCACCUAUUCCGGUAUUCUCAAUGAUAAGCUCAAGGGAUUCUACCGUUCAAAGUACGUGGUGAACGGUGAGGAUCGUUACAUUGGAACCACCCAAUUCGAGGCGACCGACGCACGUCGUGCCUUCCCCUGUUUCGACGAGCCAAGUCUCAAGGCUGUCUUUGACAUCAAGAUUACCGUGCCAAACCACUUGACUGCACUCUCCAACAUGCGUGACACCGAGACCAAAGACAACUCCAACGGUACCAAGACCGUGUCGUUCGGUCAGACACCAGUGAUGAGCACCUACCUCGUUGCGUUCGUCGUUGGUGAACUCAGCUACGUCGAGGGUGUCACCAAGGGAGGUGUCCGCACCCGUAUCUACCAAGUCAUCGGCAAGGCAGAUACCGGUGAUUUCGCACUCGAUGUUGCCAUUCGUGCACUCGACUUUUUCUGUGAGUACUUCCAGAUUCCAUUCCCCAUGGAUAAAUGCGACCACAUUGCCAUUCCAGAUUUCAGUUUCGGUGCCAUGGAGAAUUGGGGUUUGAUUACCUAUCGUGAGACUAUUCUCUUGACAUCGCCAGCCACCGCUCUCCGUACCAAAAAGACAAUCGCCUCGGUCAUCGGUCACGAGUUGGCACAUCAAUGGUUCGGUAAUUUGGUCACCAUGGAAUGGUGGUCUCAACUCUGGUUGAACGAAGGUUUCGCCACUUUCAUGGGUGAUCUCGUCACCAACCAUCUCUUCCCAGAGUGGGGAGUCUGGUUGGACUUUGCCAACAUGUACCGUAACGGUGCACUCGGUCUCGAUGCCAUGGAAAACUCGCAUCCCAUCGAAGUUCCAGUGUACAGUUCAUCGCAAAUCAAUGAAAUCUUUGACGCCAUCUCUUACAACAAGGGUGCCUGCGUCAUUAUGAUGUUGGCAUCGCGUUACGGUGAGAACUUCCGUCUCGGUCUCACUCACUACCUCAACAAAUUCUCCUACCAAAACACCAACACCGAAGAUCUCUGGGAUUCCAUCGCUCACAUUGCCAAGUCAAACGUCAAAGAAUUCAUUGAUUCCUAUACCAAAUAUUCUGGUUAUCCAGUUAUUACUUUCAGACCAACUUCAACACCAGGACAAUUUGAAUUAUCACAAAAGCAAUUCAGAUUUGCACCAAAGGAAGGAGCUGUCGAUCCACUUUGGAAUUGUUAUAUCAAGGUUCAAACUGACAAUGGUGAACACGAGUUGGUUUUGAGCGAAAAGUCAACUGUUGUUACUAUUCCAAAUUUCAAUGCCAACGGUUGGAUGAAGCCAAACUUUGGUCAAGCCGGUUACUAUCGUAUUGCCUACGAUGAAUCGAUUAUCAAGUCGUUGCUCCCACAAAUUCAAUCGAUGAAAUUGCCAGCUGUCGAUCGUCUCGGUUUGCUGAGUGACUCUGUCUCGCUCUCCAAGGCCGGUCAAUUGCCAAUCACUGCAUUCCUCGACUUGGCAGCUGCGUCGACCGCCGAAACUGAAUUCACCAUCUGGUCUUACAUCAUCGAUUCACUCACCCGUCUCAGUCAGAUAGUCGAGCGCUGCCCAUUCAACAGCGAGUUGAACAACUUCCUCGUCAAGCUGCUCACACCAGUCUCCAAGAAACUCGGAUUCGAUCCAAUCCAAGGAGAAGCUCCAGGAAAUGUAUUGUUGCGUGAGAAGGUCAAUACUCGUCUCGGUGUUCUCGGACAAGCCGACAUUGUCGCCGAAUCACGUAAGCGUUUCGAGCAACUCAAGUCAGGUCAAUCGAUUCCAAGCGACGUCCGUUCCGUCGUCUUUGCCACCGUUAUUGCCAACGGUGGUGAGAAUGAAUACAACCAAUUGGUCGAAUUCUACAAGGCAUCCAAGGAUAACUCUGAGCGUCAAGCCGUUCUCCAAGUUAUUGGACAAUCGUCGGUUGAAUCGCUCGUCGCCAAGGCAUUGGACUUCUCUUUGUCCACCGAUGUCCGUUCACAAGACACCUUUAUCGUGUGGCUCAGCGUAAACCACAAGUUGCGUGACCACUCAUGGAAGUAUUUCGUACAAAACUUUGAUGAUAUCUACAAGAAAUUCCAAGAGAGUGGACUCUUCCAUCGUAUGAUCUCUGCCACCAUGACAGCUACUCUCACCCCAGAGAAAUUGAAAGUUGUCGAACAAUUCUUUGAACAACACAGCAUCCCAAUUGCUGAGCGUUCAAUCAAGCAAGAUCUCGAAUCAAUCUAUGACAACAAUCGUUGGUUGGCCGCCAUCGAAUCUCAAGUUAAUCAAUGGUUGCAAUCUCACAAAUAA